UAGCAAACGGCCAACAUGCACCCACAGGCAACCACAGUCUCUUCUCUAGCAUUGCCCCGGGACAAAACUCGGCUAAAAGCCGAGCCUUAAAAAAGUCCCGGCCCUGCAGAUGCUGCUCUCCCCGCCUGGCUUCGCCUCAGGGGCACCGGGUGGCGCUGAGGGCGCCAUGGCGGCGGGCGGGGCGCGGGGCCGUGCCGGAAGGGGCCGCUCCGUGCCGGGCUGGGCGGCGGCGAUCGGCGGGGUGCUGAGGGGUUCUGUGCGGUGCUGAGCGAUGCUGCCGCUGCUGCGCCGGGCUCUGGGGGCCGCCGCUUCAUGGCGGGGGACGCGACGGUGCAGCUUGGGUGCCUGCUGUUCCUACCGCCUGCGGAACGCCCGUGAGUGAGUGCCGCCGCCCUCCCUCAACGGGGGGACGGGCUCCCCUUACGCUGAGCCGCUCCCUUCGCCUGAGGAGAGCGGGGCUCAGCCCCGAGCCCCUUUGCUGUCCCUGCCCGGUUCCUUGCCCCCGCUCCGAGGCAGCCCACCUCCGUGCCGCCCCUGCCAUCCCGCAGCCCGGCUGAGGGCUCCCCGGGCGGGCAGCGCCCGUUCCCCCCCCGGCCGUCCCCGUCAGCCGCCCCCGGGCUCCUCAGAGGUUCGCCUCGCAGAAAGUUUAGGCUCGCUUUGUCUCUGGUUCCUGCGAUGAAGCAUCAGGAAACGGCAAUGACGGCGACAGCAGGCGGCCGUGGCGCUUUUGGAGGAUAUUUUGCUCCCCUGCCGCUGCCUUACGUGCGUACGGUGACCUCGUGCAGGCCCACAAAGUUUGCCGCUUGUAGAGGAAGCCAAGGGGGAAGGUUGUUUAAUCGCCCCUCGUUGCAUCCCCUUUGGCAGAGUCCACUUUCAAUUCCUGGGGGCAGUCGACAGUCUCCUAUCAACAUCCAGUGGAGAGAUAGCAUUUAUGACCCCUUCCUGAAGCCUCUGAAAAUCAGCUACGACCCAACAACAUGUCUUCACAUCUGGAACAAUGGGUAUUCGUUCCUGGUUGAGUUUGAUGAUUCUGCUGAUAGAUCAAUAAUCAUCGGAGGUCCCUUGGAAAACCAGUACAGGCUAAAGCAGUUCCACUUCCACUGGGGAGCUAUAAACGAGUGGGGUUCGGAGCACACAGUUGACAGUAAAUUUUACCCAGCAGAGCUGCAUUUAGUACAUUGGAAUGCUGUUGUAUACCCAACUUUUGAAGAAGCUGUGAUGGAAGGCAAUGGCUUGGCUGUUAUUGGAGUGUUUUUAAAGCUAGGAGCACAUCAUGAAGGGCUGCAGACCCUGGUUGAUGCCUUGCCAGCAGUUAAACACAAAGACACUGUUAUUGAGUUUGAUGUCUUUGACCCCUCCUGUCUGAUACCUUCAUGCCCUGAUUAUUGGACCUAUGCAGGCUCUUUGACUACUCCUCCACUUACCGAAUCAGUCACAUGGAUAAUUAAGAAGAAGCCAAUAGAGGUCGACGAGAAUCAGCUGGAGGCAUUUCGGAUGCUGCUCUUUACUUCAGAUGGUGAAGAAGAAAAGAGGAUGGUAGACAACUUUCGCCCUCUUCAGCCAUUAAUGAAUCGAACCGUCCGUUCAUCCUUCCAAAACAGCCAUGUCUUGAAUAUUGAAGCACAGCACUUGGACCAUGCCCAGCAGAUCAGACCAUAGGUGGCCCAUGACAUGUCAGUCCAGACUGCAGUAACUGGGUUUUAUUUUACUUUGUAAUUAUUUUGCCUUUUUUGCAGUGUGGGUAUGCCAUACAGUUUCACACUUGGCUAGUUUCAGUUCUGCUAAGUGCCUUUUUUUCUUUAGGUAAAUGAUAUAAACUUAACAAAUUUACUCACUUGAAAGCAGGGAUCAAUAAGGAACUAUUUUGAAAGUUAAAGGGGAAAAAAAAGGCAGGAGAUCUUUUUUCUUCUUUCUGUCUUCUGAAUUGUUCUGUGUCUUUUCAGAAGCUCUUUCAGUGACUUGCAUGAAUUAAUAGUCCCAACUGAAGACACUUUAGCAAGCAGGAAGUGUGAAGUCUGUUAAUACAGAUAAAGGUCCUUUGUGGAACUGCUUCAGAGUUUUGGGAAGACAGCUGUCUUCUAGUCACAUCCACAGAGAUGUUUUUUUCCUUUUUUUUUUCAAAACAACAACAAAAAGACUUGGUGCUCAGAAUGACAAGAGGAGAAGGAAAAAACUGGCUCAGAAUCUAGCCGAUUUCUGUUAGAUUGACUGUAUGAUGUGUUUGAUAUGGAUGAUACAGACUGUCUGCUCUAUCUAUACCCCAAGCCAGAUGCCUUUUUCCAAAACCUUGUAACAAAUGGAGAAGCUUUUAAUUUUUGCAGCUUUCACUUUUCCGUGUUGAUAAUGUGCCAGGAGAAGAGAUCAGGAGAAGAGAAUUCACCGGUAUCUCAAGACUGGCAAGAGCAGCGAAUUAGGUGAAAAUGUCCCAUGGAACCCAGGAAAUUGAUCACAUCAGGGGAAAACAAAACUGGAUGGGUACCAGCUGAUCCCCUGCCCCCUCUCAGUGGGAUUUGGGGGAAAAUUUUAGUUUUGAAACCUAAUUCAGUGCUAGCAGAGUAUGGACAAAAUGUGGCAUUCAGAUACCUGAGAGAGUUUCUUCAGCAACUUGUAGAGCACUAGUGCACUCUUUCCACAGUUGUCUUAAAAGAGAUACCUACCUUCAUGACAACUCGGGACCAGGUUAUAUUACAGUACCUUAUGGUAACGAAGUUAAAUGAUGGUUGAAACUUAGUUGUGGACCACACAAAUUGUUGCGUAAGUUGCCAGUUGUGGAGCCUUGUGCUAAAGUGAUGGUCCAAUUGCCACAAAUGUUGUCUACCUCUGAAGUGUACUACUAGCCACAAUUUUCUUUAGUGCACCUUUCUCAGUGGCUUCUUACGCUUUACUGUAUUUAACAGUGUGUCUAUGCGUGAACUUGUGUACAAAAUGUACAGGCACAUUUUCUGAUGAGGAACAGUUCUGUCUGUAAACCCAUGAUACAACCUGAAUUGGUCCGCUUCUGCCAUUAAGCGGUCACUGGCUCCUGGUGUCAUUCAGUACGAACGAUGCCAGGACACUAGCUUGUCAAUGAUAAAUUCAGAACUUCGGAAUCCAUACUUUCCAAUUCCAAGUGUUCACUUUAAAAGCACUUUAACACUUUUUAAAAUCAUUAGGGUCACGCUAAAGCUUUUGAAUGUUUUUGUUUAACCCGUUAAGUUCCUGCCUUUGCUUCCUUAAUAGCUCUACCUCAGGCGUUUGUUGGGUUGCAACAGUUGUGCCUUUCUCCUGGGCAAUAUAAAAUGUGCCCACUUAACUAUAGGGUGACUACAGAGUAAAGACAAGAAAAUCUCUCUCCAUUCCCUGUGUAGUUGUGUGUGUGUAUAUAUAUAUCUUCACUGUGUAGUAUGUUCAAAAUGGCAGUAUGUAUCUUCAGUUUCAUCACCUUUCCCAAACCCUUACAGCAUAGUUGAACUAUACCACGUAUGUCUUUGGCAUCAUCAACCAGAUUUUUUACUGUGUUUCUGGUGUACAGAACUAUAUCAGUAAUGUUUUUUCCAGAGAAUGACAGGUUCCAAAAACAGUUUUAGAAGGGACAUCUGCAGAUGUGAAAUUAGGAAGAGAAUUCUUUCACUUUCUGCCUGAGUGUACUCAGGAUCUAGUCAUUGUUAAACUGGAGGUUUUCUUUCAGUGCUGUUCAAAUGCUUUUUUCUGAGGAGGACCCCUUGGAAAAAUGGCCGUGAUCGAGAACUGGCUGCCUUGCAAAUAUCUUGUAUGUCUUUGAGAUUUUUGCUUCCCAUUAUUAGCAGUUAGGAUGACUUCGUAUUUUUUCCUAAUGUUGCCUUUACGUUUAAAAAUGCAGGUGACUCAACAGCACUAAGCUAGAUAUACGUAGCCUGCAUCAACCAAAAUCUUUAGAGCUGCUGCCUUAUAAAUAUUGAGGUGGAUACAGUAAAGGGAACUGAAAUAAGCUCUGUGAGAUCAGUGAGAAGCCAGCUAUUUGCUUUACUGGUAGAGGAAAACCGUUGGGAUUAUAAAGGGAACAACCUGGCCUAAUUUGGAUCGGUUUGAAUUACCAGCUAAAAAUGUACACGAAAACUUAACAUGCUUAAAGUUGCAAGUUAAGACGGCAUCUCUGAAUUAGUACAUAAACUCCCUUAUGAGGAAUUCUUUUCUUGUGGUUGUUAGUUUAAGUCCUUAAAAACAGUCAGACCCUCCCUAUCACAAGGGAAUGGGUCUUUAAAAAAAAAAAAAAAAAAAGCUUCAUGCAAUUGCUCAAAGUUUUUUAGUUGCCUUGGUAAUUUUCACAAAGUUUUUGUGUACCUCUGAUCUGCUGAGCUUGUUUCACUGGCUAAUAUAGCUUUGCUGGCAUAUGCAAAUACAAAAUGCACAUUUUGUUCUUAGGGAACUACCGUGGAUAAAUGUUUAAUUUUCAGAUGUUUUUGUUAUGCUGUAGCAUGCUCAUAUCCAACUAAGUUCUCACUGGUCACGUUGGCUCCAUUGAAGGAAAUUUCCCUCCUAUUUGGGUAAAUCUCUUUAGCAUGUUAACCACCAUGCUGAUGUCUGAGAUGUUGUUGAAUACUCUGUUGUCAAUGAUCUAAGAUAGAAAAUCCUCAUAGAGGUUUGCUUAUUUUGUUGAAGUAUUGUCAUGGAAGUUUUGUUAGCGAAUAGGUGUAUUAUCUAGUCAUACAGUUAACUUACACUCCGUAUAUUUAUAUAAAAUCACAUUUAAAUAUUCUGACAUAAAAUUAAUCAACUUCAAUUUCAGCACUGAGUUUUUGAAUAUGUGUGGAAAUGAGGUCAGCGUAGAAAAAUUUAACUGUGUUACAAAAAUAAGCUUUACAGGGAUUUUCUGUUACAGUUACUGUGCUGCUUUUUGAGUAUGUCUUGCAUUGACAUGUUAGUGGUUUAGAAUCUCCGGUACAGACGGGCAGCAUCACUGCUGCAGUGCAGAUUCUUGCUGAAGUUAGCAGACCAGUAAUGAAAAGAGAAGGUUUCUUUCGUCUUUUUUGUUUGUUUUUAGUUGCUUUUCUUCUGUUUGUAUUUUUUUCCUAAACUUUUAUGUUACAAUGACUGUAUUGCCCUUGUGAAAGCUAACUUAAAGGAGAAUAAUUCUAUGUGUAUGCAAGUGUAUACAAAAUUAUAGAUGGGAUAUAAUUCUUUUGCCUUAUUCUUCCAGUCACAUAUGGGGAAAAACAAUUUGGUUGAAUUGGUGGAUGUUAGCUAAUAUUUGUAGUGAUUUUGCACAACUGAGUUAAACUGUGUUUGAAAGGUAUCUGCAUAGGAAUCUUUAGGCUCUUCUAUUAGAAGGUACAAUAGAAAAGGGUCAAAACAGAGAAUUGUAUUUGUUGUUGCAAUAGUAAUCACUUCUGUUACUUAAUACUGUACUGGGAGACAUUCCUGUGGCAAUAAGUAUUAUGAAUUAAAGACUGUAGAGGAAAUCAUUUUGAGGAGGGCUUGUUGAAAUGCGAGUAGAAGGCUUCUGAGCAUAGAUCUGUGUUGGUCCAACCUCCUUUCGGUAUUUAAAUACUGCUCCUAACAGAAAUCUUGAUCUUAGCAACUUCAUAGAUGGAAUGACUUUACUUGGCAUUGGAUAUUUGAUCCAUAUUCCUACAUUCAAGAACUUUUGCACCAGUGUACUUCAGGUACAUACCAACACGUACACCCGAGCAGUCUUUUGUUGUCUUCUGUUCUGGAUGGCUUGCAUUGGUAUUUUUACUGCAAGUCUGACAGGAGUGUAUCUUUUGGCUUUGAAAGCUAUAGAAAUUAAGAUUGCUUUGAUCUCACAAAAGUCUGCUGGGUUUUAACGUACUGGAAUUGUAUGCUGCAUACUUUUGAAGGAGGGACCCUUGUUCUGUUCAACUUCAUAGUCAAUAGUGUUUGCUUUAAAAUUUGAAUACCUAAUUUUGAAUGUCUUAACUUGUACGUGUUGGCACAUCUCUACUUUUUCUUUCCUUUGUGUAUCUAGUUUUCAUGGCAGUUAUUACAUUGUAUAUUUUAAUGUACGUAACCUACCUAAUCAUAAUUGACCGAAAUAAUUGUCUUUGUGGCCAACAUAGGUAACGGGGAAUGCUUUUUAUUCUCCUAGGAUACAGGCCUUUCUUUUCAGUUUUUACUUGAUGUAAAGAAACUUGUAGCUGCUGUGUUUUUAAACUGUUAAAUUAGUGUGCAACUAUGCAAUAAAGAAACAGAGAAACCUG